CUCUCGUUGCAUGGCUCUAGUAAUAGCUACCUAAAGUUCAGAGAGAGCUAACACAGAGGUAACAACACGGCCGAAAUGAGCGGAAAAGAAGUCAGUUUUGAUCCUAAAGAACAUCAGCACCUGCGUUAUAACCCUCUGCGGGACAGCUGGGUCCUGGUGUCGGCCCACCGCAUGAAGAGACCCUGGGCAGGUCAGGUAGAAAAACCUCCUGAGGAGCACAUUCCCAGAUAUGACCCCCACAAUCCACUCUGUCCUGGCAACACACGUGCAAAUGGAGAGGUAAAUCCAGACUAUGACAGUACUUUUGUUUUUGGAAAUGAUUUCCCUGCUCUUCAGCCAGAUGCUCCAGAUCCAGGUCCGCCUCAGCACCCAUUGUUCCAGUCUAAAGCUGCCAGGGGUGUCUGUAAGGUCAUGUGCUUCCAUCCCUGGUCUGACAUCACCCUCCCUCUCAUGAAAAUAGAAGAGGUUGUUAAGGUGAUUGACAAGUGGACAGAGCUUGUUGCAGAGCUUGGCACUACCUACCCCUGGGUUCAGAUAUUUGAGAAUAAAGGAGCCAUGAUGGGUUGUUCAAAUCCACAUCCUCACUGUCAGGUGUGGGCCAGCAACUUCCUGCCUAAUGAGCCGGCUCUGUCAGACCGCUGUCAGAGAGCGUACUAUCAGAAACAUGGAGAGCCGCUGCUGCUGCAGUACGCCAAGCAAGAGGCUGAGAAAAAGGAGCGUGUGGUGGUGGAGAGUUCUCGUUGGCUGGCGGUGGUUCCAUAUUGGGCAACGUGGCCCUACCAGAUGCUGCUGUUACCACGACGACACAUCCUCAGACUCGGCGACCUGACAGCAGAUGAGAGGGAGGAUCUGGCAGACAUUAUGAAGCGACUGCUGACCAAGUAUGACAAUCUGUUUGAAGUCUCUUUCCCCUACUCCAUGGGCUGGCACGGAGCCCCCACUGGUCCCUAUUUAAAGGAAGACAACUCCCACUGGCAGCUGCAUGCUCACUACUACCCUCCUCUGCUCCGCUCAGCUUCAGUUAAGAAGUUUAUGGUCGGGUAUGAGAUGCUUGCUCUGGAGCAGAGAGACCUCACCCCUGAACAGGCUGCUGAGAAGCUAAGAAGCCUACCAGAAGAGCACUAUAAAACCAGAGGGAACCAGGAAAAGGGAGGAAGAAAAGAUAAAGAAGACAAAUGAAAAUAGAAGUCAAAGUGAAACAACCUGUGUGAUCGGUAGAAGAGAGGGGGGAAAUACACAAAUGGGAACCCAGCUUUAUUUUAAUCACAGUAUACGUUUUGGAAAUGUGUUGUUGAUGUAUUGCUUUUGUUUUCGAAAAGAAAGACAUGUGAAAGUGCCUAUGCCAACACAGGGCUUAAACAUAUUCUUACUUGCACAGUGUACAAUAUAUGUAUAUAUUUUUAAUACAUUUCUGUGUACACAAAGCUGCUACUGGGCUCUUAUGAAAUGGGCCUCAAACAAAAUGUGCUAUGGACCCCCUCCUCUCUGUUUUUGGGCGAUAAUGAGAGAACGUUCUUCCUUUCUACCCCGCUGUCCCUUCUGUCGAAUUUAAACAAACUUUGCUUGUGGUUUGGCUAUGUUGCAAAGCUUUCAACCACAAAGCUUUUUCUUCCAACAACACAGUGAGUUAUUUGUGAUUCAAAUGAAGGAUUUUGUUUCUUGGGAAUGUUUUUUUUACAUGGAAAACAAUUCUUGAAUAUGUUAACUGUCAGCUUUCAGGCUCAAAAGAGUGUGAUUGUGUAAUGCAUAGUUUUUUUUAUAGAAAAGAACUGAUUAAACAGGCAGAAGAGGAAGUAUUAUCCUGACAUUUUACUUCAUGCAUUCUUAUUAGGCACCUAAGUUUCUGAAUAUGACCAAAAUCCAUCCAUUUGUCAGGGUUUGAAAUGUUUAAAACAUAUUGAUAAGAAAUUGUUGAGAAUAAAAUAUAGAA